UCAUUCUAACAUGAUCAUGAUGGCCAUUUUUGUAGCCAUUGAUUGUUGAAUUUGAUGACCAUCUUGAUCAUUUAUAGAUUUAUUAGAUCAAGACACUUCUAUUGAUACAACAACGACAAUGGUUCAACAACAAGGACCAAAAAUCGAUGGUGAUGAACCACAAUCAUUGUUGAUUGAUAUUUCAUCCAAUACAGAUCGAUCGAUUUCUGAAUUGGAACAAUCAGUCAAACAAAUGUCAAUCAAAGAAGAAUCACCAUCAAUGAAAACUUGUCAUGAUUCGGUGAUUCAAACCGGUGGUGCCAUUGAUAAAAAUCUAUUACAGCCUAAUAUUAUGACAACAUCGUUUGAUUCAUCGUUGAUGCAUUCUACAUCACCGGCUGGUAUGGCACAACAGCCACAAUAUUAUCAACAACAAAUACAAUAUUAACAUCAGAAAAAAUUGAAGAAAGACAAAAUGAAAUGCUUAAACAACAUGAAAUGGAACGGAUGAAACAUAAAUCGAGAAUUCAUGAGAUUCUAAAAGGACGAACACGUAAAGAUGAUUCUGGAAGCAAAAGUCCAAUCAAUAAUAAAAUAAUGAAAAUGAUGAUUCAACAUCGGCGACAGAAUCAUCGAGUGAAUCACAACAUGGUCAUGGUCAAACACAAUCAUCGGAUUCAAGCCUUGAAACAACAACAUCAUCAUUGAAACCAAUCCCAAAUGGCAGUAAUAAUAAUAAUAAUAGUGAUAAUAAUAAUACAAAAACCAAUGGCCAUACAAAUGGACAUUAUGAUGAUAAUUUAUUGACAUAUUCCAUUUCUAAAACAAAUGGUAAUGUUAUUAAUCAUCAUUCACAAACCGAACAACAACAACAACAGGACUCAGAAGCUGCUGCUGCUGCUGCUAAUGGUUUCUAAUAAUAUAAACAAGAUGAAAAUAUUCACAAAAAAAAUUCAAAUUUGGCUCUUGUUUCCUUUUCUCGAUUCAUACAUCAAUUCUUUAGGUCAUCAUCAUAAUUAUCAUCAUCACUAUAUUAUCAUGAAUUGAUUAUCGUUGAUAUGAUAUACAAAAAGUACACACACACACACAUCACUAACAAGAUCAAGAUUCCUUUCCAUUCAACAACAUGAAACAAAACAAAACAAAAAAUGAAAUCAUUACACUAAUAUUUCAAUAGAAUUUGUGUUUGCAUGAUUCAAGAUUUUCUUUUAAAAUUUUUUUUCUCAUCAAAAAUUUUAUUCAUUUUUUUUCCUCUACAUGACGGCAAAAAUAUUUCAAUUUUAUUGUUUUUAAACUGAAUUCUGAAUUCUAUCCGUUGAUUAUCAAAUCAAACAAUUAUUAUUUACCACCACACAAAGAGAUAGAAAUACAAGUACAAAUUUUCUUUUAUUUUUUAUGCUUUUAAGACUGAUAUGGAUACACAUACACAAACAAAAACACACACACCCACGCAUAAGCCUAUUACACAUUUUAUUUUUUACAUGAUUUUCAUGGAUUUGAUUUGAUUUUCUUUUUCUUUCUCUUACUCGCUCUUUGUCUCUAUUGUCUGUGUUAAUUUAUUAUAUUAUAUAUUAAUUAUAAUAUUGAAAUCGAUCGAUCCAAUUGAAUUCGAUCAUUUUUAAU